GCUCUUCCAGUCCCUUAUUAUCCGGCCAGAACACUCAAAACCGAAAAGGUUUCAUUUGGAAUAUGUAGGGUCCAAAUUAUAUUUUUCAAUCCAAGAAGACAAUAUCAGAAGAAAAUCUAAGAAGAUGGGAGGUUCGUCGGAGACGAAGUUCUUGCAGGAACUGGUGCUGUACGCGGCAAGUGCGGCGUUUAGCUGCUUGGUUCUGUUCGCGGGGCUCCGACACCUAGACCCGAACCGGGAGGCCAGUAAGAAAGCCCUUGAGCACAAGAAGGAAAUCGCCAAGCGCCUCGGGCGUCCUCUCAUUCAGACUAAUCCAUACGAGGAUGUGAUAGCAUGUGAUGUUAUAAAUCCUGAUCGCAUUGAUGUGGAAUUUGAUACCAUUGGAGGAUUGGAAACCAUGAAACAAGCUUUGUAUGAACUGGUUAUUCUUCCCCUUCGGAGACCCGAGCUGUUUUCGCAUGGAAAGCUUCUCGGUCCUCAAAAAGGAGUCUUGCUAUAUGGGCCCCCUGGUACUGGAAAGACUAUGCUUGCAAAAGCGAUUGCCAAAGAGUCUGGAGCUGUUUUUAUUAAUGUGCGGAUAUCCAAUUUGAUGAGCAAGUGGUUUGGUGAUGCACAAAAACUUGUGACUGCUGUAUUUACCCUGGCUUAUAAACUCCAACCUGCUGUUAUAUUCAUUGAUGAGGUUGAUAGUUUUUUGGGUCAGCGUCGUACUACAGAUCACGAAGCGUUAACAAACAUGAAGACUGAGUUUAUGGCUUUAUGGGAUGGGUUUACCACAGAUCAGAAUGCACGGGUUAUGGUUCUUGCCGCAACUAAUCGUCCAUCGGAACUUGAUGAAGCGAUCCUUCGUCGUCUUCCUCAAUCCUUUGAGAUUGGGAUGCCUGACCAGCGAGAGAGAGCUGAGAUACUGAAGGUCAUUCUGAAGGGCGAAAAGGUUGAAGAAACCAUUGACUUCGAUUACAUAUCCAGUAUGUGUGAGGGCUACACAGGUUCAGAUCUCUUGGAACUAUGUAAGAAAGCUGCCUACUUCCCAAUCAGGGACCUAUUAGAUGAGGAGAAGAAAGGCAAAAAAUCUUCUGAACCGAGGCCAGUGUUGCAGUCAGAUUUAGAGAAAGUUCUUGUGACUUCAAUAAAGACCAGGGUUGCCGCCAGUGAGUACAGUAGGUUAAACUCACAAUCGCCAAGAUGGUCGAGAUCUAGAGACAUGGAUGAUUAUCAGGAACCGUCAGAGCUGUAAGAGCAGGUCUUCAUUAGUCAACGUUCAUUCUUUCGGAACCCGUGUCCAACUUCUAUUGAUGGGAUUUUUUCCUUCAAACUUCCAUGUCUUGAUCUGUCAAACUCCUUAUUUUGUACACCUUCGCAUGGGUUUAUCAACAUAUUUUUAUAGUGAUAUCAUUUUGGCAAAUUCUAAAGCCAAAACAUUGUUAGAGAAUGUUCAACUGUAAUGUAUAACCUUAUUAAUUAAUGUGCUAGAUGGUUAAUUUCUCUUGAGAAUUUCA